AUGACUAUUAAAUACAUAGAGCCUGAUUUAGUUUUUAAUAAUAUUUAAAGUAGGAAAAAUUAUGUGUACUCUUAUGAUGUUUCUUUAAUUUAAUAUUUUUCUGGAAUCAUACCAUUUAGAGAACUUAAGUUUUAGUAAAUUUAAGGGUAUAUAUAAUAGUUUUAAGAAUAUCAUCAAACUUUAUUUCAGAAAUCAAAAAUGAUCUUAUAAGAAAUUUAAUUCUAACUCGCAUAAUGUCAAUAAAACAGAAUUUCUUUUGUCUUGGUAUUAAAAAGACUAUUAAAUAAAAAAUCCGAAUGUAAAAUAAUUAAUUGA